UCAGAUUUGUAGCUGAUUGUUCACAUGUGUCCAGGAGGAGAUGAAGUACACUGGUUCGUGCUUGGUUUGGCUUUGUAUGGCAGUCUUCCUCCUCCUUCCUGUUUCUACUUCUGUGGCUGUCAGUGAUCACACAGGUGCCGUGUGUCCUUUGAUGAAAACAGUUGUCCAUCAUCUCAAGCAAACGACCACAGACAGUCUUGGUGUUUCAGGGUUUGAUCUGGCAGAAAGCUUUUCUUUGAGGAAAACAUCUUGUGGAGGGGAAAAGAUCUGUUUUAAACUGGGAAGCGCACCUCUCGUCAAAGACACAAAGCAAGUGUUUCCAAACGGACUUCCUGAAGAAUACUCUCUAGUUGCUACGUUCCGUGUCCGGCGAAAUACCAAGAAAGAGCGUUGGUAUAUAUGGCAAGUUUUAAAUCAGUAUGACACACCUGAGAUCUCUGUCCUUCUGGAUGGUACAAAAAAGGUGGUGGAGUAUAUCACCAAAUCUGCUCAGGAGAAUAUCCUGCACUACACUUUUAAGAGCCGAGAAAUUUAUCCGUUGUUUGAUCGGCAGUGGCAUAAGCUUGGUAUUAGCGUGCAGUCGGGGAUCAUUUCCCUCUAUUUGGAUUGUAAUUUAAUUGAGAGAAAGCAGACUGAUGAAAAAUUCACCAUUGACUUGCAGGGAAGGACUCUGAUUGCUUCUCGUGCUGCAGAUGAUAAGCCUGUAGAUAUUGAACUUCAGCGCAUAGCAGUUUAUUGUAGUCCAGAACUCGCAUCAGAAGAUACCUGUUGUGAAAUAUCUGCAGACCUGUGCCCACGUGAGGAGACCUUACUGGCUACAACUGCAUCACCAGUGACCGUUCGUGCCAGCAAAAUAUACACACGGCCAGGAAUGCAGCAAGAAUCCAGAGAGAGAUGCCACUGCUUUCCAAACAAAGGCGAAGCAGGAUUGCCAGGAGUAGCUGGGUUGCCAGGCCAAAAAGGAGAUAAAGGAGAAAAG